AUGGCGUGGACCAUGCGCUUCAACGAUGUAUUGAACGCCGAUAAACUUCACCAAUCGCUAUCGGAAUUACUUAAUAUUGGCGAUUGGGAAAAGUUUGGUGGAAGAUUGAGAUACGGGCAUAACAAACGAGGAGCUCUCGAGGUUCACGUUCCGACUCGUCACACAACUGAAAGGCUCGCUGUGUCUUACUCGCACCAACAUUAUGAUAUCAGCAUCGAAGUGCAGAAUGUGGCAAAGCUAUUUCCAAAAGCGACUAGUCGACCUUCAACCUUUCAGGGAGCAUCGGGAUCUCGAGAUUUUGGUAUACCAUCCGGCGCACCCACAUCACUGAAGGAUUAUACGAGUCAAGAUAUUCCCAUGAUAGGUCUUCACAUCAUCACCUUUCUAGACGCGACACUUGUCACUGUUACAUGGCCACAUGUUCUCUUCGACGCAGUUGGGUUCUCUCACUUGAUCCAAGCUUGGUCAGCGGUACUCGCGGGUCAUAACGAACGUGUCCCUAAAAUUAUCGGUGCACAGGAUGAUGUUCUUUACGACCUAGGAAAAAUAACUCAUGCUGGACCGCAGUAUGCAGCUAGUGAAGCUAGGAUCCUUUCCGGUAUAGCGUUCAUACUGUUCGUUAUGCGUAUGCUCUGGAUCAUAUUGACCCAGCCGAUCGUUGAAAGCCGCAUCAUCUGCCUCCCGAAAAGCGUGGUAGACAGACUACAUCAGCGAGCGCUAGAGGACAUCAAAGGAGACAACUCUGUUCAGGACGAUCCAUGGGUCAGUCCAAGUGAUGCCAUCUUAGCCUGGCUCUCUCGCGCCCUGGUCAGUUCAUCCAAAACACCCCGUUCAAUCAGCAUGACAACUCCGAUCGACGCACGAACCCGAUUAUCUCAACUUCAGAAUACGGAUGGCGUUUACGUUCAAAACAUGAUUCUAGGAUCCUUCGUCAACAUCGCACCAGACGACCUCCGCAGGCCAUUGGGAAAUCAAGCACUUGUGAGUCGCCAAGGCUUGCUGCAACAACUAGAUGAGUCGAAUUUGAUUGGCAUUCUUCAGCUCUUUCGUAAACGCUGGGAUGACGGCAAAACAAGAGCGCCAAUCUUCGCUGGGCCUGGUAGUCAACUUUUAGUUACCAAUAACAGGUUGAAGGUCGAUCUCUUCACAGCUGCAGACUUUGGACCAGCUGUGAUGCAAGCUGGUAAAGACACACAGAGGAAGAACCUAACAGGCCGGCCGGUUCAUCACUAUGCUUCAUCCCUCAAUCCUGGAAUUACAAUGAGGAACUUUGUCAACAUUCACACGAGAGAUUUCGAUGGUAAUUAUUGGUUGUCUGGUUUCUUCACGCCGAGGCAGUGGUCAAGAAUUGAGGAAGGAUUUAGAGAACUACUGUAA